AUGGUUUUCUCAGUGAAACAAGAAAAACGAAUCAACGAACUUGUUGAGUUCCAAAAGGAACAUGGCCAUUGCCAUGUACCGUGCAAGACUGCACUAGGAAAUUGGCUCUCACAUCAAAGGCGGGAAUACAAGAAAUGGAAGACUGGAGAGAAAGCAUCUUGUAUUACACAAGAAUUGGUGACGAAGCUUGAAAGAAUUGGAUUUGAGUGGGGUGGCAGGAGGGAGAGAAAUUGGAAGCUCCGAAUCCAAGAACUUAUCCAAUUCAAAAGGGAACACGGACAUUGCAAUGUGCCUCAAUAUUAUUCAGAGAACAAGACCUUAGGGUUCUGGGUACACAAGCAACGUUCGGAAUACACGCUUUGGAAGAAGGGUACGACUUCCUGCUGGAUGACACAAGAGCGCGUUGGUGAGCUUGAGAAUCUUGGAUUUGUGUGGGACGCCCAGAAGGCUGCUUGGAAGACUCUAAUACAAGAGCUGGUAGCCUUUAAGGAACUUCAUGGCCAUUGCAAAGUUCCCCAAAAAUUCCCAAGCAAUCAACUUCUUUCUACCUGGGCCAGAAACACUCGAAAUCACUACAAGAAAUACCAGAAGGGAAAUGAAUCGCGGUUGACAAAGGAGCGAUUUCUUGAGCUCAAGAGUCUUGGAUUUGAUGGAGCCAGUAUUGAUAGCGAUGGCGAUGACGAUGAGGAAAUGUCGUCUAAUGAUUUAGUAUGCGAGACACGCAAAACACCGCGAAUGACCUCUGGAACUACAAAGAAGGGUGGCAGCAAAGCUCCUCGUUACAACACUGGAGGCUUUGGGCAAGUUCGAGGAGGACACGAAACGGACGAGCGCCAAGAAGCGGCAUCCGGGUCAAGCAAAAAGCGAAAGACAAUGGACCAGACCAAUGCAACCAAAGUGGCCAAGAACAAGGGAACUGCAGUUCUUGGUAACCCUUUUAAAUUAUUGGAAGGACUCACCAGAAAGGAGCUACUUCACCAACUUGCUCAAGAGAGGAAAGCAAAUUUGGCGUUGAGAUAUCAGCUGCAACAAUCUAAAAAGGAAAGGGACUUACUUUUGCAGACGAACAUGGAACUGGAGGAGUGCAAUGCAACUAUCCGAGAAUCUCAUAGGACCGCCAUGCUGGAAGAAAGGGAUCACCUUCGACGGGAAAUCAAGAGACGCAAGGUGGCCGAAGGUCGUUUGUCAAAGGCGAAAUGCCGCUGA